CCAAAGCCAUUGGCUCUACGCGCGUCUCCAGGACCUCGAUUACUACGGCGAGGGGACCCCAAACGGAGUUAGGCUGCGGGUGAGCGCCUGCGCCCAGCGAGUGCCAAUCUCCAUGUUCUCCCAGACCCCGAGCCCCGUAGGAGAUUCAGAUCCUCGGCCUCUGGAGACACCGUUCCUCUCGCUGAACGCCUUUCCGCUCACUGUGUCUUCGUAGCCCUGCUGGCCUCCUUGGCGCCUCUGAGGCUGCUGGUCAGGCAAUCUGCCGGGCACUCCAAGCGCGGGGUCCUCGCGGCUCUCUCUGCUGCUUCGGCUUCGGUUCAGAGAGGACCCGGCACCAAAUCACUGGCUCACUCCGGUGUCGGGAAAAUGAUCCACAGUCUCUUUCUCAUCAACUGCUCUGGGGACAUAUUUCUAGAAAAACACUGGAAGAGCGUUGUGAGCCAGUCUGUGUGUGACUAUUUCUUUGAAGCUCAGGAGAGAGCUGCUGAUGUUGAGAAUGUGCCACCUGUCAUUCCAACCCCUCACCACUACCUCAUCAGUGUCUACCGGGAGAAGCUCUUCUUUGUGUCUGUCGUACAGACGGAAGUACCACCUCUCUUUGUGAUUGAGUUUCUGCAUCGCGUUGCUGACACCUUUCAGGACUACUUUGGUGAGUGUUCAGAGGCUGCAAUUAAGGACAAUGUGGUCAUAGUAUAUGAGCUCUUGGAAGAAAUGUUAGACAAUGGAUUCCCACUGGCUACUGAAUCUAACAUUUUGAAAGAACUGAUUAAGCCACCAACAAUUCUACGUUCUGUCGUCAAUUCUAUUACAGGCAGCAGUAAUGUUGGGGAUACCCUCCCCACCGGGCAGCUGUCCAACAUCCCAUGGCGCCGAGCAGGAGUAAAGUACACGAACAAUGAGGCCUAUUUUGAUGUAGUUGAAGAGAUAGAUGCAAUUAUAGAUAAAUCAGGAUCUACAGUCUUUGCAGAAAUUCAAGGGGUCAUUGAUGCUUGCAUUAAGCUAUCUGGAAUGCCUGAUCUCUCUCUCUCUUUCAUGAACCCAAGGCUUCUAGAUGAUGUCAGCUUCCACCCGUGCAUCCGGUUCAAACGCUGGGAAUCUGAAAGAGUUUUGUCAUUUAUUCCUCCAGAUGGAAAUUUCCGACUUAUAUCAUAUCGUGUCAGCUCACAAAAUCUAGUGGCAAUACCAGUGUAUGUGAAACACAGUAUCAGCUUUAAGGAAAACAGCUCUUGUGGCAGAUUUGAUAUAACAAUUGGACCAAAACAGAAUAUGGGAAAAACUAUUGAAGGAAUCACAGUAACUGUUCACAUGCCAAAAGUUGUGCUGAAUAUGAACCUGACACCAACACAAGGCAGCUAUACAUUUGAUCCAGUCACCAAGGUACUAGCAUGGGAUGUGGGGAAAAUUACUCCACAGAAGCUCCCAAGUCUUAAAGGACUGGUAAAUUUACAGUCAGGAGCACCCAAGCCAGAAGAGAAUCCAAGCCUCAACAUACAGUUCAAGAUCCAGCAGCUUGCUAUUUCAGGCUUAAAAGUGAACCGCUUGGACAUGUAUGGCGAGAAAUAUAAGCCAUUUAAGGGAGUCAAAUAUGUCACAAAAGCUGGGAAGUUCCAAGUGAGGACAUGAGAAGAGGCAAACUUCCUCAAGAUCAGUUUGUUUUUCAAGUGUCAUUACAAUUUAUUACUAUUAGGUACCGAGUGGGUGGGAAUACAUAUGCAGCAUUUGUGUCAAGCUACACUGCUAACAAAGUUGCUUAGUAAUCAAUGUAGGGUUCUUAAGGAGCUUUAAGCUAAGGAAAGUUUUCUAAAGACUUAGCUUAUUUUCUAUCUUUUCACUUAGGAAAAGAUUUAGAUGAUUUCUUCCAUGGGGGCUACCAGCUGAAUGCUGCACAUUAUCAGUCAAGGCAGAAAGCUACAGUGAUAACCUCUCUCCUAAAGCAAGUGAACUGGUCUCAUCCAUCAGCAGGAACUGUCUCAGUCCAUGAUGUGUCAGGUGCUGCCAAGUGUCACACCUGAUUUUAGCCAUCUCAAUCAGUGUCCCAAGAGAGGAGAUUGCCCCACCUAAGAAGUUUACAGAAAACUGCCUCUUCAAGUGUUUGCCUUACUCAGCUUUUCACUUGUGCCAUUAAGCAAGCACUGUAGCAAAAGCCACUUCCACAUGGCCCUGGCAGGGAGCAUCACAGCUCCGUGCCCCAUUCUCACUGUAUGUG